GCUGCACGCCGGGAGCGGAAGCUGCGGCCGCGUGGUGGAGGCAACAUGGCGGCCCCCGGUAGGAGGAAGCUGGCGGAGCUGAGCCUGGACGAGUUCCUGGCUGCCGGCUCGGACUCGGAGCAGGACGGUGGCUGGCAGGAGGAGCAGGAGGAGGAGGAGGAGGAGGAGGAGGGCGGCCGGGCCCUUCAGGGCGCUGCGAGGCGGCGGCGGCCGAGCGGGAAGGCGGCCCAGGGGCUGCAGGCACGGCCGGGCAGCAGGAAGAAGGGAAAGGCAUCUGAACACAAAGAUCAGCUCUCCAGGCUGAAGGACAGAGACCCUGAGUUUUAUAAGUUUCUGGAGGAGAACGAUCGCAAGCUGCUGGAUUUUGAUGCCUCAGACAGCUCUGAGGAGGAGGAGGCUCUGCACAGACCCCCUGAUACACUCGAGGAAGCCAGUGAUGAGGAUGAAGAUGAUGAAGACGAAGAACAAGAAAAAGUCAAAAGGAAGAAAGUUUCCUUCAUCCAUGUGAGCUUGAAAAUGGUGGAGGAAUGGAAGAAAGCUGCCCAGAGGAAUCUCACCCCAAAACUCUUCCAUGAAAUCACCCAAGCCUACAAAGCAGCUGUGGCCACCACCAAAGGUGACAGUGGUGGCGACCCCAGCAAGUUCCAGGUGACUGACACUGCAGUGUUCAAUGCCCUGGUGUCCUUCUGUAUCCGGGACCUCUUCCUCUACCUGCACAAGCUGCUGCUCCCCAAAGCCCCCAAGAACAAACUCAAAAUGGUUCUCCCUUCCACCAGCCCCCUCUGGGGAAAGCUACGACUGGACAUCAAAGUUUAUCUUGGCUGUACCAUAAAACUGCUGUCGUGCCUGACCGAGGCCUCAGUGGGUGCAGCAGUCCUGCAGCACGUGAAUUCCACAGUUCCAUAUUACCUGUCCUUCCCAAAGCAGUGCCGGGCCCUCCUCAAGCAAACCAUCACUCUGUGGAGCACAGGGGAGGAGACAGUCAGAGUCCUGGCCUUCCUGGUGCUGAACAAGAUCUGCAGGUACAAGAAGGAGGUUUACCUCAGCCCCCUGCUCAAGCAAAUGUACAUUGCCUUUGUGAAGAACUCCAGGUUCACCUCUCCCAACGUGCUGCCCAUGAUCAACUUCAUGCAGCGCACGCUGACGGAGCUGCUGGCCCUGGACACACACACCUCCUACCAGCACACCUUCAUCUACAUCCGCCAGCUGGCCAUCCACCUGCGCAGCGCCAUGACCCUCAGGAAGAAGGAGAACUUCCAGUCGGUCUAUAACUGGCAGUACAUCCACUGCCUGUACUUCUGGUGUCGAGUUCUCAGCACCAUCCACCCCAGUGAGGUCCUGGAGCCCCUGAUCUACCCCUUGACACAAGUCAUUAUUGGCUGUAUCAAGCUGGUGCCAACGUCUCGGUUCUACCCCCUGCGCAUGCACUGCAUCCGUGCCCUCACCCUGCUGUCCCAGAGCACCAGGACCUUCAUCCCCGUGCUGCCCUUCAUCCUGGAGGUUUUCCAACAAGUGGAUUUCAACAAGAAGCCAGGACGGAUGAGUUCCAAGCCCAUCAACUUUGCCGUGAUCCUGAAGCUCUCCAAUGCCAACCUGCAGGAAAAGGCCUUCAGGGAUGGACUCAUUGACCAGCUCUAUGACCUGAUGCUGGAAUAUCUCCAUGGCCAAGCCCACAGCAUUGGCUUCCCAGAGCUGGUUCUCCCCACUGUCAUCCAGCUGAAAUCCUUCCUGAAGGAGUGCAAGGUUGCCAACUACUGCAAGCCCAUCCGGCAGCUGCUGGAGAAGGUGCAGGAGAACUCAGCCCACAUCUGCAGCAGGCGGCAACGAGCGGCCUUCGGCGUGGCCAGCACCGCGGCUGUGGAACAGUGGGAGAAGCAGGUGAAGGAGGAGGGAACGCCCCUGACCAAAUAUUACACCCAGUGGAAGAAGCUGAGAGAGAAGGAGAUCCAGCUGGAAAUCAGUGGCAAGGAAAGACUUGAAGACUUGAACUUCCCAGAAAUCAAGCGCAGGAAGCAGGACGAGAGAAAGGAGGAGGAUAAGAAGGAAUUCAAGGAUCUCUUUGAGCUGGACAGUGACUCUGAGGAGGAGAACGGUGGAUUCUCUGUGAAAGGGAAGGGCAGAGCCAGGCAGGCCUCAGAUGACAGCUCAGAAGCCAGCAGCAAGGAGUUUGGGGAGGAGGACGAUGAUGAAGAAGGAAAUUACGAAGUGGAGGAAGAGGAGGAGGAAGAACUGGAAGAAGACAGCGAGUCAGAGGCAGAGGAAGGCCCGGAAGGAGCCCGGGAUUCCCGGGAUUCCCGGAGCUGCCCCCGGGGGCUGUCCCGCUCCGACCUGCAGCAGCUGGCACAGGGUGGGGACGACGUCGUGCAGGACCUGGAGUUCUCUGAUGAGGACUGAGCACCUCCAGCCCCUCCCCAGCCUGCAGCACCUGGAGCUGCUGGCAGAGCCAGAACUCAGGUGGGACCAGCCCCAGGUGCCACCCAGGACCUGCUUGGUGACACAACUUGGACUUUUCAACUCAACUUGGACUGUUGCAGCUUUUUCUACCAGCUCUGUUUUUGGUACCAAUAAAACCGUGGCCAAGUCAAGGCCAGUAAAAACUGCUCAGCAGAGGGAAUAAAAGCCCCUCAUUAAAAUCUGCUGCUUUCAAUAGCACAGAGUUCACUUCCAGCCCCUGCUAAGUGAGCUGAGCAAGGGAAGGACGAGGUUUUUGUCCAAGGUUCCUCCUCUCUGCCCCACCAACCACCCCAGAGUAGCUCUGGGGCCCUCAUCAAACCCUUCCUGGUGCCCAGAAGGCCUCAAGGACUGCACAGACUCUUCCAGAGCUUUGCAGCUUCCAUGGAAGCCUUGAUCAGUUCAAGCUGGCUCUAAGAGUGCUGCAGAAGGAAACUUCAAAGUUCCACGUUGUGCAGGCAUGAAGGAAUAAGGAAAGGCAAAAUUGUUCAUGUAGGAAACACUGCCCAGGUGAGAACGGCACCACUGUAAAUGUAAAGAUUUUCACUUUGAAAGAGAUAUUAACUUACCUGUU